AUGUACCGAAUGGGCUAUAGAUUGGGUCCGAAUCAUUUUCUGGAGAUAUAUAGAAGCUGCUACGAUGUCACAUCACAAAGGUCGCUGUUUUCCAUACAUGAAAUUGACAGCGACACAAUGAAUCCACCUCGCACUGGUUGUUGGCGUGGUACAGAUGAUGUUGUCAUCGCUCCAUCAUUCCAGGCCAAAAACAUUUAUAAGCGAUUCAACGAAAUGUUUAAUAAUCAACAGACUUAUAUCACGAGUCCUAAUCGGCCAUAUAAAUUAAACCGCGGCCAUUUGACGCCCUCGGGUGACUUUGGUUUCUGCGAUCAAAUGAGAGCCACAUUUAGGUACAUCAAUGUGGUGGCUCAAUUCGCCGAUGUGAACGACAGCAAUUGGUCGAGAGUUGAGAACUGGGUGCGUCGCAUGCGAGAUCGUUAUGGAAAAAUGACUGUUUGCACGGGAGGAAUUGGAGUGCUGGAGCUCGAUGACGUCGCUGGAAAUCCGAGAGAUAUUUAUCUUGUGAGGGGCAAUCGCAAUCCGGUACCCGAAUGGACUUACAAGAUAAUUCGAUCCCAUUCAAAUCGAAAUGUGCAUUACGCUGUUAUCACCUAUAAUCAUGCCGAGAAUCCAGUUCAACCCGCUUCCUUAUGCACACCGUUGUCAUGUGUUAGUCUGGGCUUGCAAGUGAGUCCAGCCCCGAAUUCUGGAUAUACCUACUGCUGCGAUGCAAAUGAUUUUAUUCUCAGAAAUGUGAAAAAUUUGCAGAAUGUUUGUUAA